AUGGACCCAACACAGAAGUCUAAUCCAACCUUUAUCCCAGAGUCUUCACAAAUACUCACCAAAGAAAAUUCCCGGGAUAAUUCAGGAGCCUCUCGAAACUUCUCCAAGAUAUUGAUAAAGAACCUUAGUAAGCUGACUCUCAAUGCUAGUACUGAAUUCCCUUCCCCUCUACCAGAAGGGUCACUUUGACAGUCUACAGGAGCAGCAAUCCUCAGGGAAAUCAGAGAUGACUCGUCUUACAGGAGGGGAGGAGUAAGAACAUCAUUACUGUCUGUGCAGAGAGAAAGAAUGGCAAGAUUCACAUACAUGUUACUCGGCAGAGGUUCUAGGCAGCAUGAAAGAACACUAAGGAACACUGGGCUUAAGGGAGUUAAGAAUGCAUCAAGAAGAGGAAUAUUCAAAUGUCCCUGCAGUUUCUGCGUGUCUAGCGGAUGGGAUCCUUCUGAAAAUGCUAGAAUAGGGAAUUGUGACACCAAGCCACUUUACCCAUAA